AUGUCCGACGUCCCACCAACCGAGUCCAUUCCCAAACCAGAGGAACCUAAAGAACCACAACAGUCUCCUCAGCAACCUCAGUUCCAGCAAGUACCUCCGAAUUACUACCAAUUUCCACCUCAAGGUUACUACCCACCACAAGGCUUCCCGAACUACCCUCCUCAGCCUAUGCCUUACUGCCCCAACCCUUGGAUGUUCCAGCAAGCUCCACCCCAGCAAUUCCAAUCUCAAUCCAAAUCGAAGAGAGACCAAGAGUUCGAAGAAGGUCUGAACCGCUUACGCAAAGAUUAUGCCACAGCCCCUAUUGAGAGAAAGUUGUUCCCGGACCAAAAAUAUAAUUUAGGUGAAGAGGUUAGAUCUCACCCGUUUUCUCACCUCUUUUUUCACCUCUUGAAUUUUCAUGAAUUUUCCCGAAAUAAAAAAUAA